AUGGAAGUAGAAUUGGACUUGUAUGAUGAUGGGGAUAGUGGGGUUUGGGUCGGGUCGCAAGGGACGGUGAAGGUGAAGCAGAAACCGAAGCGACGCUACAGCCGAAGUCGCGCAAAGACCUACCUGGGGGGAAGAUGGUUCAAAGGAGUUCUGUACGACGGUACAGAUGAAGGGGACGGAAUGGAAUGGAGCGAGGAGGGUUUCGAGGGACCAGCAAAAGAAUUGUCGGCGGUGAGACAGUACAGUGUAGACCUCAACAGACCUCAACAGACCUCAACAGACCUCAACAGACCUCACCCAGCUUUCUCACCGUUAAAUCUCGCCGUCGCCCUCUCUCAAUUUGGCGCCAAAACAUUUUCUUACCGAUCAUUUACAACUGGCUGCCUGUGCUGCUUGAAUCGUGUAGCGUACAAUCAAACCACCGGCCCCAAGAGGCGGUCAGCCAACAACCUGCUGUCCUACCGUCCCCCUAUGCUCCAUAUUGCAAGCCUAUCCAGCGAUAGACUCUCUGCUCCUCGUUUCUUAUUUUAUUUCCUUUUCGUCUCGACUCUUGCCACUGCACCCUUACUCAUGCCGACUCGCAGGAUGUGGUCGGGCAGCCUAUGCGGCCUUAAGAUUCCAGAGGAACAGCUCACUGGAAUUGUGCAGCAUCGAAGUGUAUUACUGCAUAAUGAACAAAUGCUUCAGACGUGCCAAAAUCUGGCGCUGGUUAAGCAGCUUCACCUGUUCUACUCUUGGGGUCAAGUCAGAUUGACAGCCCAGAUUCAUUUUAUCUACGACCAUCAUCAUUGGGGCGAAACUCCAAUUCAUCGUCUCAAAUCCACCUCCCGCCCAUGCACUCUUCCCUCGCGGCCGAGAUCCUGCGAACCUCGCUCCGCCUCCGCACCUGUCGGCCUAGCCAUAACCAUCGCCCUCCACGGCUCCGUGGCCAGAACCUCACACGGCCUCACCCACCCGACGUUUGACUACUCGCGGGUAUUCCUUACUAUUUCCAGCCCUGCUUCUACGGCACGCUCAACUUCGCCUCAAUAUCAAUGUCUUUCAUCCACUUCUUCGAAAUCGGGCGACAAUGCCAAGCCCAAGACCAAGCCCGAGCCCAGGCCCAAGCCCAGGCCCAAGCCUCAGCCCAAGUUCAAGAACGCGACUACAUCCCCACCCCCUUUCCCAAUCCUAACGACGGCGGCGAAGCAGGUUACGAGCUCUCUAGUCACGCCCAUAGCCACCGGCACACCACCGCAAGCAAGAAAAAGACAACGGCGUAAAUGGCAGCAGCAGCAAAAGCAGUCUCUAGUCCUCCCUCUCCUCCUCAGCCAGCACGCGCCCCUUGAGCGGAUGGUGGGGCAACGUCAGGAAUGGGAAUCAAGCUCGGAGCUGCAAAGCUUAACCCCGAAUUUUGUUAAGGAAUUGUCAGCCUGA